CGCGACCACCAAUGCCUCAGCCAGCAGACGGACAUUGUCCAGCAUUCAAACGCCGCGCUUUAUAUCGGACACAGUCGGACUACCACAGCAGCAUGCUGAGACUGGCCGUGCUGAGUGUGGUGCUGAUGUGUACCACGGCAGCUGCUGAAUACCCUGCGCUGUUCCCUGCCCUCCUCAGCUUCAUGGGUGAAGGGUCUCAGCACGCCAGCCAAGAGCCACCCUCCGUCUCACGGCCGCUUAACAAGUACGACUUCAUCGUGGUGGGUGCGGGUAGUGCUGGUUGUGUUCUCGCCAAUAGGCUAACCGAGGUAGCUGACUGGAAGGUGUUACUGAUCGAAGCUGGAAGGGAGGAGAGCUAUCUCAUGGACAUCCCCAUCCUUGCCAACAUGUUCCAGUUCACGGAUGCCAACUGGAAGUACAAAAGUGUCCCCUCCAACUCUUACUGCCUCGGACUGAAGAAGAACCAGUGCAACAUUCCCCGAGGCAAAGUAAUGGGAGGAUCCUCGGUUCUCAACUACAUGAUCUACAACCGAGGUCACCACCAAGACUACGACCACUGGGAAGAACUCGGCAACCCAGGCUGGAGUUACAGAGAUGUGAUGCCUUACUUCCUCAAACUGGAGGACCUCCAGGUGUCAAAACCCAUGGACAUGAGGUACCACAGUAAGGGAGGUUACAUGAGUGUAACGGACAUCCCAGUGCACACUUCUGUGGCUCAAGCAUUUGUGGGGGCUGGUCGAGAGCUAGGGUUCAGCGUUCUUGACUACAACGGGCAGUACCAGCAGGGCUUUUCCCUCCAUCAGGUAACUCUGAAAAAUGGUACUAGGAUGAGUACUUCGAGGGCCUACCUACAUCCUAUUCGAGACAGAAAAAAUCUGCAUGUGCUUAAGUCAACGAUGGUCACCAAAGUACUCAUCGAUGAGAAGACAAAGACUGCCACAGGGGUGGAGAUUCUCCUGCGAGGAAAGAAGUACCGUGUCACUGCUCGGAAGGAAGUGAUAUUAUCAGCUGGAGCUGUGAAUUCCCCACAACUUCUCAUGCUGAGCGGAAUUGGACCCAAGGAUCACCUCACAAAGCAAGGGAUCAGAACUUUUGUUGAUCUCCCUGUUGGAUACAACCUCAUGGAUCAUGUCGCGCUGGGCGGUAUGACAUUUUUGAUCAAACCCAACACAUCACUGAUCAGCGAGAGAAUAAUGGGCAAUGCUCAAAUGCUGUACAACUUCAUGAUGCAUCACGACGGUGUCAUUUCCAUACCGGGCGGAACGGAAGCAUUGGCCUUCAUAGACCUCAAGAAUCCAACCGACCCCGACGGCCAUCCGGAUUUGGAGCUUUUAUUGGUUUCAUCCACCCUUUCCGGAGAGGAUACACUGAAACGGAAUUUCAACAUAAGGGACAGUGUUUACAACUCAGUUUACAAACCGAUCAGGGGUCGUGAUGGAUUCAUGAUAUUCCCGAUGGUGCUAAGGCCGAAGAGCAGAGGUAGGAUAUACUUGAGGAACACGAACCCUUUGACACCGCCAAUGAUUGAGCUUGGUUACUUCAAGGACGAGAGGGACCUCGAUGUUUUAGUUAAAGGGGUCAGAAUAUCGCAGCAGCUUAUCAAGACCAGAGCUUUCAAAAGCCUGAACCCUAAACGCCACAAUGUUCCUCUCCCCGGAUGCAGCCAUCUGAAGAUGGACAGCGAUGAGUACUGGCGUUGUCACGCAAGGCACCUGUCCUUCACCAUAUACCACCAGUCAGGCACCUGCAAGAUGGGACCUGCCAAUGACUCUACAGCAGUGUUGGACGCAAGGUUGAGGGUCCAUGGAGUCCCUCGGCUAAGGGUUGUAGACGCAUCCAUGUUCCCAGAGAUCCCUGCCUCACAUCCGAACGCUGUUGUUAUCAUGGUAGCGGAGAAAGCGAGUGAUAUGAUAAAAGAAGACUGGCAAAGAGCUAAUGAACGAUGACAAAGGCUUUAGGUGUAGUUUAUUAUUAAUUUGUACAUUUUGUAUAGCUUAUUUAAUUAGAAAUUAGUACAUCUAGAGUUACGAAUCAUAACUUAGUUUUCAUAAGUUACCAAAGUAUUUUAACAGCAGACAUGACAAUAUUAUUUGCAGUUUUUAUUAUUUAAUAAUCAAUCAAAAGGACUCUGCAUACCAUAUUAAUAAUUUAUUUAUAAUUUAUCAUCAUCAUUGGAUCUACAUAAAAUGGUAUCAUAUGAGAAAAAAUACGAGAUAUGGAAACUGACAAAACGAGUAACAAAAAUUAACCAUUGUUUUAUUUUAUUGCGAAAUCUACUUCAAUGACUCAAUAAUAUUAUUAAUUUAAAACUAAUAAAAAAUUGAUGUUUUGAAUUACGUUAUAUCUUUGGAUUUAUAGUUACCAAUGACAUUCUUUGUGUAUUAUAGUGUUUCCCUUUGAUUCAUUUGUGUAAAAUGAAUGAAAUGUGUAUAUCAUACAGCAGUUAUUAUAUAAAUAUAUUGCAAUCCCAUCUCCUUUGAAAUAAUAUUCAAGGUGAAACAUCAACAUUUAAA